CUCUACGGUUCCAUAAUUCCAAGACAAACCACAGCAAUGCCACUGCUCCGCACGGCCUCAGUACCGGAGAAGAACAUGGUCUAGACCAACCAAAGUGCCAACUAAGACUUUUUUUUUCUUCUCAUUUCAAAAUAUCAACUACACCAUCAUGUAUUCAAGCGCUGCAGACACACCUGUGUUUCUGGUAUUUCCUCCAGAAGUCACCGUUCCAGAAUUUCAGUCAGUGGAUGUUACAGAAACAAGCUAUGGUUCUCACAUCCCUAAUCCAAAACUGAUUUCUGCAAAACUGAAAAUCCUCGGGAGUAUCCAGAUCCUGCUUGGACUAAUGAACUUUUCUUUUGGAGUUGUUUUGCUUUUCAUUCUUGAAAACCCACAGCCACGGUUCCCCUUUAUAUUUCUUUCUGGAUAUCCAUUCUGGAGCUCCAUUUUGUUCAUUAAUUCUGGAGCUUUCCUGGUUGCCCUGGAAAGAAAACCCACAGAAACUCUGAUGAAGAUGAGCCGGUUCAUGAAUUUGAUUAGUGCGAUAGCAGCCAUAGCGGGAGUGUUCCUCCUCACCUUCGCUUUCAUUCUAGAUCAAAACUACUUAUGCGGCUUUUCUAAAAACAAUCAAGAGUGCCAUUCUGUUACCACCUUAUUCAUUGGCAUUUUGAUUAUGUUGAUGGCAUUCACCGUUAUGGAAUUAUUCAUUUCUGCAACCAUUUCGAUUUUGAGUAGCCCCCUUGUCUGCUGUGAUUGUGAUGGAGGGCACUGAGCAGCGCUGUGAGAAUAAAGACUUGUUAUAAUCUCAGUGGGGGUGAACCAUGCUG